AUGGAGACACCCACCUACAGCAGUGGGCUCUGCAUUGCCCAGUCCGUGAGAAUCCCCCAAGAGCGCAAAGACAGAACCAUUGACUUUGAUAGAAUUAUCAAACAGCUCCUGGACACCCCCAACUCCAGGGCCGUCGUGAUUUUUGCCAACGAUGAGGAUAUAAAGCAGAUCCUUGCAGCAGCCAAAAGAGCUGACCAAGUGGGCCAUUUUCUUUGGGUAGGAUCAGACAGCUGGGGAUCCAAAAUAAACCCACUGCACCAGCACGAAGAUAUUGCAGAAGGAGCCAUCACUAUUCAGCCCAAGCGAGCAACUGUGGAAGGGUUUGAUGCCUACUUUACGUCCCGCACACUUGAAAACAACAGAAGAAAUGUGUGGUUUGCUGAAUACUGGGAGGAAAACUUCAACUGCAAGUUGACGAUUAGUGGGUCAAAAAAAGAAGACACAGAUCGCAAAUGCACAGGACAGGAGAGAAUUGGAAAAGAUUCCAACUAUGAGCAGGAAGGUAAAGUUCAGUUCGUGAUUGAUGCAGUCUAUGCUAUGGCCCACGCCCUUCACCAUAUGAACAAGGAUCUUUGUGCUGACUACCGGGGUGUCUGCCCGGAGAUGGAGCAAGCUGGGGGCAAGAAGUUGUUAAAGUAUAUCCGCAAUGUCAAUUUCAAUGGUAGUGCUGGCACUCCAGUGAUGUUUAACAAGAAUGGGGAUGCACCUGGUCGUUAUGACAUCUUUCAGUACCAGACGACAAACACCACCAACCCUGGCUACCGUCUGAUCGGGCAGUGGACAGAUGAACUUCAGCUCAAUAUAGAGGACAUGCAGUGGGGUAAAGGAGUCCGGGAGAUCCCCCCCUCGGUGUGCACACUACCCUGUAAGCCCGGGCAAAGAAAGAAGACGCAGAAGGGAACCCCUUGUUGCUGGACCUGUGAGCCCUGCGACGGGUACCAGUACCAGUUUGAUGAGAUGACAUGCCAGCAUUGCCCCUACGACCAACGACCCAAUGAAAACCGAACCGGCUGCCAGGAUAUCCCCAUCAUCAAACUUGAGUGGCACUCCCCCUGGGCUGUUAUCCCCGUCUUCCUGGCAAUGUUGGGGAUCAUCGCCACCAUCUUUGUCAUGGUGACUUUCAUCCGCUACAAUGACACGCCCAUCGUCCGGGCAUCUGGGCGGGAACUCAGCUACGUUCUGUUGACAGGGAUCUUUCUUUGCUAUAUCAUCACUUUCCUGAUGAUAGCCAAACCUGAUGUGGCCGUGUGCUCUUUCCGGAGAGUUUUCUUGGGUUUGGGUAUGUGCAUUAGUUAUGCAGCUCUCUUGACCAAAACCAAUAGGAUUUAUCGCAUAUUUGAACAGGGCAAGAAAUCGGUGACAGCUCCCAGACUCAUAAGCCCGACGUCUCAGCUGGCAAUCACUUCCAGUUUAAUAUCAGUUCAGCUUCUAGGUGUUUUCAUUUGGUUUGGUGUUGACCCUCCCAACAUAAUCAUAGACUAUGAUGAACAUAAGACAAUGAACCCUGAGCAGGCCAGGGGAGUUCUCAAAUGUGACAUUACAGAUCUCCAAAUCAUUUGCUCCUUGGGAUAUAGCAUUCUUCUUAUGGUCACAUGUACUGUGUACGCCAUCAAGACUCGGGGUGUACCAGAGAAUUUUAAUGAAGCCAAGCCCAUUGGAUUCACUAUGUACACGACAUGUAUAGUAUGGCUUGCCUUCAUUCCAAUUUUUUUUGGCACGGCACAAUCAGCGGAAAAGCUCUACAUACAAACUACCACGCUUACAAUCUCCAUGAACCUAAGUGCGUCAGUGGCGCUGGGGAUGCUAUACAUGCCGAAAGUAUACAUCAUCAUUUUCCACCCUGAACUCAAUGUCCAGAAACGAAAGCGAAGCUUCAAGGCGGUAGUCACAGCAGCCACCAUGUCAUCACGGCUGUCACACAAAUCCAGUGACAGACCCAACGGUGAGGCAAAGACAGAACUCUGUGAAAACGUAGACCCAAACAACUGUAUACCACCAGUAAGAAAGAGUGUACAAAAGUCUGUUACUUGGUACACUAUCCCACCAACAGUAUAGCUUUUGACUGCUUUCCAAAAGAGUAACCUCUGAGGACCCAAGGUUGCACAAGGAGGAUUGAGGAAAUGUCUUCAGAGCUGUUCUUGCUAAGCUGACACAAAAACUUAGGAGAACAUGACAUGAAUCACCAAUCCCACUUUCUGAAAGAAUUUUGGAGAUUACAAUCGGAUAUCCUUCUAUUCGAUCUUUUGUACCCAUUCUUUUUCUGUACCACACAAUAAAGUCUGAGAGUGUCAAGCAA